CGUGAACUUUGUUUCCUCUGCCACCAACCAAGUUUCACAAAUUAAAACCCAUCCCAUCCAUCUCGUGAUCCUGACCAGACAGUUCUUAAAACUAUGGCUUCCUCCUUCCUUUUCCUCUUCUGCUUCUUCAUCGGCACCACCGCCAACCACCAGACCGCCAUCCAAGAAGCUUGCAAGGCCACAAGGUGGCCGGAAUCAUGUCAAAUUUCUCUCACGAAAUCCGAUCUAGAUCUCAUCCCAGCAGAUCCCAGCCCUUUUCAAAUCCUACACUCUGCGUUGUCCCUCUCUUCUAAGAACCUCGGAAGAGCUAAGUUCAUGGUCCGCGCUAUCCUUCACUACUCCGGCAGUAAUCUUAACCUCACCACCACCGCCAAGCUCUGCCUCCAGAGCCUGGACAACUCGGCAUACCGUCUGCACUCGGCGGAGGAGGUUUUGCCAUGUAAUAGAAUCAAAGAUGCGCGUGCUUGGACGAGUGCCGCGCUAAGUUACCAGUUCGACUGCUUGUCUGGGUUAAAGAAGGUGAACGACACACCAAUGGUGGAUAAAACGUUGUCGUUCAUGAACAACACGUUGAUGAUGUCCACGAGUAAUGCACUGAGCAUGAUGAUGUCGUAUGAGGAGUUUGGAAACUGCAGUGGGUGGUGGCGGUCCCCGAGGACAGAGAGAGACGGGUUUUGGGAGAGCGUCGGUGGUAGAUCUGGGUCGGAUCAAAAACCCGGGAUUCCUACGGGUUUAAAGGCAAAUGUAACCGUGUGCAAAGACGGUGGCAGGUGUAGGUUUGGGAGCGUGCAGAUGGCGGUGAAUGCAGCGCCGGAUAACCUGGGUGGAGGCCGGCGUUUCGUGAUAUUGAUCAAGGAGGGCGUUUAUGAGGAAACUGUUCGCGUCCCUUUAGCAAAGAGGAAUGUGGUGUUGAUAGGGGAGGGUAUGGGUAAAACGGUCAUUACAGGUUCCUUGAAUGUCGGUCAGCUUGGAAUGACAACGUACGAGACGGCCACCGUCGGGGUUGUUGGCGAUGGCUUUAUGGCACGAGAUCUAACAAUUCAGAACACCGCCGGUUCUGAUGCUCACCAAGCAGUAGCUUACCGGUCUGAUAGUGAUCUAUCAUUCGUAGAAAAUUGUGAACUCAUUGGUAAUCAAGACACAGUCUACGCUCAUUCCCUUCGCCAGUUCUAUAAAUAUUGCAUCAUCAAAGGCAACGUCGACUUCAUAUUCGGUAACUCCGCCUCCGUUUUCCAUAAGUGUACAAUCCUUGUCCGCCCCCGCCAGCUCAAUCCAGGGAAAGGCGAGAACAAUGUCGUCGCUGCACAUGGCCGGACAGACCCUGCGCAGGCCACGGGAUUUGUUUUUCAUGAAUGUGUCAUCAAUGGCACUGAAGAUUAUAUGAAACAAUACCAGAAAAACCCUAAUGUGCAUCAAACGUUCCUUGGGAGGCCAUGGAAAGAGUUCUCGAGGAUUGUCUUUGUGAGGUGUAAAUUAGAGGCUCUUGUUUCACCACCUGGGUGGAUGCCUUGGGAUGGUGAGUUUGCGUUGAAGACACUUUACUUUGGGGAGUAUGGUAAUUCAGGGUUGGGCUCUAAUUUAUCGGGAAGGGUGAUAUGGAGUAGUCAGAUUCCAUUUGAUCAUGUUAUAUUAUAUUCAGUGCACAAUUUUAUUCAAGGCGAUGAUUGGAUGCUAUGCUAACAUAAAAAAAAAUUGUCUUCCUAUAAAACUAG